CACCUUCGUUUAGUAAUACAGUUAAUCAACAAACGUCGCUGAGAAAAGGUUUUUGUUACGCAUGAAGUUUACUUUUGCGUUAAUCAGCAUUGAUUUAUUUUAUUAAUCUAUCUAUCGUACCUUAAGGACAAUGUCUUAUCAAUUAUAUCGAAAUACGACGUUAGGUAAUACAUUGCAAGAAAGUCUCGAUGAAUUGAUUCAGUAUGGACAAAUCACACCACAGUUAGCAAUUAAAGUGUUAUUGCAAUUUGAUAAGGCAAUAAAUCAGGCACUUGCAACCAAAGUUAAAUCAAGACUUUCAUUUAAGGCUGCUAAAUUAAACACAUAUAGAUUUUGUGAUAAUGUAUGGACUUUUAUGCUAAAUGAUGUAGAAUUUCGAGAAGUUCAAGAAGUUGCUAUGGUUGACAAAGUUAAGAUUGUUGCCUGUGAUGGAAAAGCAUUGGAUGCAGAUGCUGCAACAAAGCGAUAAUAUUAUUUUCUGUUACAUCUAAAUAUAUUCACUUUGAUUAUAUCACUAAUAAGGAAUUACUAGCUAUAUAGAAACCUUACAAUAGACAUUAAUAUAAGGAAAAUACAUUAUUAAUUGUAUUUAAUAUAGGUAUGUAAUUAUUAUUCACUUGCCCACAAUCUUAAAUUUUAUAAUCAUGACACUCUGUUAAAUAUAAAAACAUAAAGGUUACUUGCUUUUACCAGAAUGUAGCAUUAGUUUUAUUUUUAUAUUGUAUUUGGAAACUAAUAGAUUUUACAUAUUACAUUAUUUUUAACAAAAGAAAAAAUUAUCUUCGAAGAACACGAAAAAUAUGUUAUAUAAUGUAAUCCUCUUAUAUGGUCCAAUUUGUUGUUCCAAAGAUGUAAAUAAUUCUACAAAUGAGACUGCAAGGUUUAUUAAGAUAUUUGAAUAAGUGAUACAAAGUGGCAUUAAGGUUAUAUAUGAACAUAGUUCAUUACUGUGUAACUUUGUACUGUGAAUAUAAAUCUUGAAUAUUAACAAACAUUUGUUUUUAUUACUUAUAAUAAUUUAUUCAUAAGUGAAUACAAG